CCAGGAAGUGCAACGAAAAAUUUCAAGUUAAGAGAAGUUUUGAUGAAAGAAUAAAACAAGGGAAUGAAAAAAGGAAAAGCCUUAUGUAUGAAUUUUAUAGAAUGGUUUGGUAGCCUUCACUGCUAAAAAAAACCCUACAACCAUGGCACUCUCAAGACUAAUAAUUUUCUGGUUGUGGCUGCUAGCAACAGGAAACAUCGUCUUUUCACAAGAUAAUUUUCUGAAGAAGCAGAAACAGCCAUUAAUUGCCAUUUCAAAUGUUGAAUUUUUCAACAAUACCAUAUAUGUGGGAGCCAUGGAUAAACUUCUUAAAUUUGAUCUGGACUUACAGAUAACCAAGAAGGUUGAUACUUGCACGGGAUCUUGUGAUUCAAACUAUAACAAAGUAUUAGUCAUUAGCGAAAAGACUCAAAGGGUGCUGCAUUGUGGGACUGGGUAUGGUGGAAUGUGUGAAAUGCGAAAUUUAACUGAUCUGUCACAAAGUCUUUUAAAUACUUCACAAUCUACAGGUAUCAUAGCUGUUAAAGUCAGUACUGAUAGGAAAAGACCUGCCUCAGCCAUUUUUACUUCAGAAAUGUUUUACCUUGCAAAGUCCUUUGGUGAUAAUGUGCAAUUCAAUGAAAAUGAAAAUGAAAAGUAUUGUGGCAUAUUAGCAAGAGAUCAAAUCUUUGAUUAUCAAACAGUUAAUCCUCCAUGUAUUUAUAUUGAGCUUAGGCAAAAAACAAAAUUGGAAGAUUAUGUUAUAUACUAUAAAGAUACAUUUAUUUAUGGAGACAAUGUAUAUUUUUUGACCAAUCAAAAGAAGUAUGUUGGAGCAAAUGACUAUGUAUCCAAAGUUGUCAGACUGUGCAUGAAGGAUACAUCAUACCAAUCACAUAUUGAUAUGGAAUUGACAUGUGAAAACGAUGGAAUGGUGUACAAUCUGAUUCAAGAUUCAGUAAUUUUAAAUGUAUCUGGAAACUCUGUGUUAGUAGCAGUGUUUGCCAAUGGCUCGGACCCAGAGAACAUAUCAGGGACAGGAAUCAUAUGCACCUUAGACAUGAAAACUAUCAAUAAGGAACUUCAAGAAUCUCUGAGAGGCUUUGAGACUAAUUGCAGUUACAACAAUUCAAACCAGUAUUUAAACCUGGUUGGAAAUUGUUUGUUAACCAAUCAGUCAAGUUUGAACAACUUCACAUGCAAAGCAAACGACAUUCCGAUAAGAUAUUUUGCCAUUGGAAGUGGCAAAGUUGAGCUACAUUGGAAUGACUCAUCAUUUGCACAUGAGGGUUAUUUUACAAGCCUACAUUCAAGUCAAUACAACCAGAACGAUGUUGUUUUUGCAGGAACAUCAAAUGGAUUUGUUGUAAAGUAUGUGAUGACAAAGAGUGGCCUUCACCGAUAUGAACAACUACUUGCAGACGAAGGGAACGAAGUGAAGGACAUGAUCAUUUUGAAUGAUGAUCACUUUUUUGUCAUCUCUGAAAGCAAUGUUUUAAAGUACCAGAGCACUGACUGUACCGAAUACAAAACAUGCAAAGAUCUUAUGGAAAACAAAAAUCCACUAUGUGGCUGGUGUGUCUAUGAAAACAAGAGCUCAAGGAAUGAUCAGUCUUGUAAAUAUUCUGGUCACGAAAACCACUGGAUACCAUCCCAGGGAGAGUGUGUGUCCAUUGACGCAGAUCCAAAAGCAUACCCUUCUGGAGUUGGGCUGUUACGGGUGACUUUAACUGCGAAACAUUUACCAGAAAGACUUUCUAUGGACUCCUACAAAUGUAAAAUAGAUGGCAAGCAUUAUAUUGCCUCUAUAAAUGACACUCAGUUAACCUGUAAUAUCAACAACAUAAAUGGUAUGUAUGCAAAUGUGUAUGACUACUCCACAAACGAAGUUUGA